GCCUUCUCAGCCUCUGGCGUCUUGAGCGUCCCGUGCCCAGCGCCGCGUGCCCAGUGUCCCACGCCCUGAGUCCCACGGCCUGCACCCCGCGCGCGGGCGUAGUCCGGCUGCCGAAGAUGGCCCUGAGCGAGGAGCCGGUCGCGGGCGCCUCUGAGGACCCUGCGGAGGACCCGGUGGAGGACCCGGUGGAGGAUGCGGCGGAGGACGCGGCUCUGGCCUGCGGCGCCGCCCUCGAGUCGUUUGGCGAGAGCGCGGAGACGCGGGAGCUGCUCGGCCGUCUGCCGGCGGUGCUCGGUGACCGCUCGGCCCGGGAGGGCGCCCUGGAGCGAUUUCGGGUAAUAAUGGACAAAUAUCAGGAGCAGCCUCACCUGUUGGACCCACACCUAGAAUGGAUGCUGAACUUGUUGUUGGAAUUUGUGCAAGAUAAGACAUCUCCGGCAGACCUUGUACAUCUGGCUUUUAAAUUUCUUUACAUCAUCUCCAAGGUUCGAGGAUAUAAAACAUUUCUUCGUUUAUUUCCACAUGAAGUGGCUGAUGUGCACCCUGUUUUAGACAUGUUUACAAAUCAGAAUCCUAAAGACCAUGAAACCUGGGAGACCCGCUACAUGCUGCUUCUCUGGCUCUCUGUGACCUGCCUGAUCCCGUUCGAUUUUUCCCGCCUCGACGGAAACCUCCUCUCUCAGCCCGGGCAAGAGCGAGCAUCCACCAUGGACCGUAUCCUCCAGGUAGCAGAGUCCUACCUGGUCGUCAGCGACAAGGCCCGAGACGCAGCUGCUGUCCUUGUGUCCAAGUUUGUCACGCGGCCUGAUGUCAAGCAGAAGAAGAUGGCGAGUUUCCUGGACUGGAGCCUGUACACUUUGGCCCGCUCCUCCUUCCAGACCAUUGAGGGGGUCAUCGCCAUGGACGGGACGCUGCAGGCCCUGGCACAAAUUUUUAAGCAUGGAAAACGUGAAGACUGUUUACCCUACGCUGCCACCGUUCUCCAGUGCCUGGACAGCUGCAGGCUCCCCGACAGCAACCAGACCUUGCUCCGGAAGCUCGGGGUGAAGCUCGUGCAGCGGCUGGGCCUGACCUUCCUGAAGCCCCAGGUGGCCAAAUGGAGGUACCAGCGGGGCUGCCGCUCCUUGGCCGAGAGCUUACAGCAUUCCAUCCAGAAUCCCAGAGAGCCCAUGACACAGGCUGAGACCCCCGACAGCGACGGAGAGGAUGACAUCCCCGAGGAGGUGGAGAGUGUGAUCGAGCAGCUGCUGGUUGGGCUGAAGGACAAGGACACGAUCGUGCGGUGGUCUGCAGCCAAAGGAAUCGGUAGGAUGGCUGGAAGACUGCCCAAAGAGCUGGCAAAUGACGUGACUGGGUCGGUGUUGGACUGUUUCAGUUUCCAGGAGACGGACAGUGCCUGGCAUGGCGGGUGUCUGGCGCUGGCGGAACUGGGCAGACGCGGCCUGCUUCUCCCUUCCCGGCUCUCAGACGUCGUCACCGUGAUCCUGAGGGCCCUGACGUACGAGGAGAAGCGGGGCGCCUGCAGCGUGGGCUCCAACGUCCGGGAUGCCGCCUGCUACGUGUGCUGGGCCUUCGCACGUGCCUACGAGCCUCGGGAGUUGAAGCCUUUCGUCGCGGCAAUCUCAAGCGCGCUGGUGAUUGCCACUGUUUUCGACCGAGAUGUAAACUGCAGGAGAGCAGCCUCUGCUGCUUUCCAGGAGAAUGUGGGACGACAGGGCACUUUCCCUCAUGGGAUUGAUAUUUUGACCACAGCUGACUACUUUGCUGUUGGUAACAGGUCUAACUGUUUCCUGGUUAUAAGCAUGUUUAUUGCCGGCUUUCCUGAGUACACACAACCAAUGAUAGAACACCUGGUUACCAUGAAGAUCAACCAUUGGGAUGGGGCCAUCAGGGAGCUGUCUGCCAAGGCGCUGCGGAACCUGGCACAGCGAGCGCCCCAGCACACCGCCCGCGACGUGUUCCCGCGUCUGCUGUCGAUGACACAGAGUCCAGACCUGCACACUCGGCAUGGUGCCGUGCUCGCCUGCGCGGAGGUCGCCCGCAGCCUGCACACGCUGGCCACGCAGCAGGGCAGGCCCGUCUCGGACUUCCUGGAUGAGAAGGCCAUGCAUGGUCUGAAGCAGAUCCACCAGCAGCUUUACGAUCGUCAGUUAUACAGGGGUCUGGGAGGAGAGCUCAUGAGACAAGCAGUAUGCAUUUUAAUAGAAAACUCGGCGCUUUCCAAAAUGCCCUUCAGAGGUGACGCUGUGAUCGAUGGUUGGCAGUGGCUGAUAAAUGACACCUUGAGAAAUCUCCACCUCAUUUCAAGUCACUCUCGACAACGUAUAAAGGAGGCGGCUGUGUCGGCCCUGGCCGCCCUCUGCAGUGAGUACCACGCCCGGGAGCCUGGGGAGGCAGAGGCUGCCACGCAGGAGGAGCUGGUGAAGCUGUAUCUCUCCGAACUCCAGAGCCCUGAGGAGAUGACUCGCUGUGGCUGUGCCCUGGCCUUGGGCGCCCUGCCGGCCUUCUUCCUGAAGGGCCGACUCGGGCAGGUUCUAGCAGGCCUGAGGGCCGUUACCCACAUUUCUCCCAAGGACGUGAGCUUUGCUGAGGCCAGGCGGGAUGCCUUGAAGGCCAUCUCUAGGAUUUGCCAGACUGUCGGUGUGCGGGCAGAGGGGCCUCCGGACGAAGCCGUGUGCAGAGAGAACGUCUCCCAGAUUUACUGCACGCUGCUGGACUGUCUGAAGGACUACACGACCGACAGCCGUGGGGAUGUGGGGGCAUGGGUCCGCGAGGCCGCCAUGACCAGCCUGAUGGACCUGACUCUCCUGCUGGGUCGGAACCAGCCAGAGCUGAUCGAGGCCCCCCUCUGCCAGCGGCUCAUGUGCUGCUUAGCCCAGCAGGCGAGUGAGAAGAUCGAUAGGUUCCGUGCGCACGCGGCCCGCGUGUUCCUGGCGCUGCUCCACGCGGACAGCCCCGCCGUCCCCCACGUGCCCGCCCGGCCAGAGCUGGAGAGGCUCUUCCCCAGGGCCGCCGUGGCCUCCGUGAACUGGGGCGCGCCCUCCCAGGCCUUCCCGCGCAUGGCCCGCCUCCUGGGGCUGCCUGCCUACCGCUACCACGUGCUGCUGGGGCUGGCCGUGUCCGUGGGCGGCCUGACCGAGUCCACGGUUAGGUACUCAACGCAGGGCCUCUUUGAGUACAUGAAGGAGAUUCAGAAUGACCUGGCAGCCCUGGAGGACUUCGGCGGGACCCUUCUGCAGGUCUUUGAGGAUAACCUUCUGAACGACAGGGUGUCCGUGCCGCUGCUCAAGACACUGGACCAGAUGCUGGCCAACGGGUGCUUCGACAUCUUCACCACCCAGGAGAAUCACCCCUUCUGUGUGAAGCUGCUUGCGCUUUGUAAGGAAGAGAUCAAGAAGUCCAAAGACGUCCAGAAACUGCGGUCGAGCAUCGCAGUGUUCUGUGGGCUGGUGCAGUUCGCCGGAGACGUGAGGAGGAAGGUCCUCCUGCAGCUCUUCCUCCUGCUCUGCCACCCCUUCCCUGUGAUUCGGAAGAACACGGCCAGCCAAGUGUACGAGAUGGUGCUGACCUACGACGUGAUGCCUGCCGCCGUCCUGGAUGAGGUCAUGGCUGUGCUCAGCAGCACAGCCUGGGACGCCGAGCUCCCGGUCGUGAGAGCCCAGCGGAACCGCCUCUGUGACCUCCUGGGCGUGCCGAGGCCGCAGCUGGUCCCCAAGCCUGCCGUCCGCUGAGGCCGGUCCUGGAAGCUGAGCUCGUGCCUGCCUGCCUGGCCAGGAGAAGCCCGGGCACAGUUGACAGGGAAGAUGUGGACGGAUGGCGGCCUGGCUGGUGCGUACGAGGGACCCGGAGUCUGUUACCUGGAGGUGGCAUCUCCUCACAUGCGUCCUGCGCCCGGGUGCCCUGGCCUGUCGGUGCUUUUGUCCUCAUCCCCAACCCACGUUUAAUAAAAUUACCUGCCGAGCA